AUGAUGUCGGAAAGAGAUUAUGCACCUCUCAGUGCUGCUUGUGUACGUUCUCUGAAUGAUAAACUUUACGAGAAACGGAAAGCGGCAGCUCUGGAAAUAGAAAAGAUGGUGAAAGAGUUUGCCGCUCAUAAUAAUACCGUUCAAAUUAAACGUCUUCUAAAAGUACUAGGUCAAGACCUAGCGACUUCACAAAAUCCACAUACACGAAAAGGUGGUUUGAUAGGCUUGGCAGCGAUAGCGGUAGGUUUAGGAAAAGACACUGGUCAAUAUAUAGAAGACUUAAUUCAUCCUAUUCUGGCUUGUUUUUGUGACUCUGAUUUACGAGUAAGAUAUUAUGCUUGUGAAAGUUUGUACAAUGUGGUAAAAGUAGCUAGGGGUGCAGUAUUACCGCAAUUUACAGAUAUUUUCGCAGCACUUAGUAAAUUGGCAUGUGAUUCAGAACAAAGUGUGAAAAAUGCUACCGAACUACUUGACAGACUUAUGAAGGAUAUUGUCACAGAGAGUGGUCUGUUUGAUUUAGUUGGGUUUAUGCCAUUAUUACGAGAACGAAUUUAUACCAAAAAUCCAUUUGGUAGACAAUUUGUGAUAGCUUGGGUCUCUGUCUUAGAUGCUGUUCCUAAUAUGGAUUUUAUUAUAUUUUUACCUGAGAUUCUUGAUGGUCUAUUUAGGAUCUUAGAGGAUCCAACACCAGAGAUUAAGAUAGUUACAGAUACAGUUCUUGGUGAAUUUUUACGUAGUAUAAAAGCUAAUCCUGGCAGGGCAGAUUUUCCAGGAAUGAUAAAUAUAUUAAUUGCACAUGCUCAAAGUACAGAUGAAUUACUACAGUUAACAGCAAUAACAUGGAUCAAAGAAUUUGUGCAACUAUCUGGACCUUUAAUGCUUCCUUAUAUGUCUGGUAUUCUUAUAUCUGUUUUACCUUGCUUAGCAUAUGAUGGAGAUACUAGGAAAAGUAUUAAAGAAACUGCCACUCAAGUAAAUACAAACUUAAUGAAAUUGAUAACUAUGGAAAACACACAAGUUAUAAAUAAUAUGUUUGAAAAUAAUGCAGAAGCUGCACAGGAUGCGAAGCAAAAUCACUCUUUAGCAGAAAGUUUGGAUUUAUCCAGUGUUGUUGAAGUGCUAACUAAGCACUUAAUGUACAUGUCGGUUCAGACGAAAGUUGCCGUUUUGAAGUGGAUUCAUCAUCUGUUUAUAAAUAUUCCACACAAAAUGUUUCACCAUAUCGAGAAUUUGUUUCCAAUUCUAAUGAAAUCGUUAAGUGACAGUUCUGACGAAGUUGUACAACAAACAUUAGUUGUAAUGGCUGAAAUUAUUAGUUCGAAAUCUCCUGAAGCAGCUACCACAGAUUUGAAUGCAGAAAUGCAAAACAAGUACUUUACCAAAUUCAUAGUGAAUUUAUUAAGAAUUUUUUCAACAGACAGGCAUUUACUAGAGGAAAGAGGAGCUUUUAUUAUAAGAGAGUUAUGUGUUUUAUUGAGCGCUGAAGAUAUUUAUAAAACAUUAGCCACAAUAUUAUUGGAAGAACAGAACUUAAGUUUUGCUUGCACAAUGAUACAAACUUUAAAUGUUAUAUUAUUAACAAGUUCAGAGCUAUUUGAUUUACGAAACAAACUGAAAGACUUAGAUUCUUUAGAAAGCUGUGAAUUAUUCAAAUGUUUGUAUGUAUCCUGGUGCCACAAUCCUGUUGCAACUGUUGCACUGUGUCUUUUGUCACAACAUUAUGGACAUGCCUGCAAUAUUAUAAGAUCAUUUGAAAAUAUAGAAGUUACUGUAGAAUUUCUCACUGAAAUUGAUAAGUUGGUACAGUUAAUUGAGUCUCCAAUAUUUACAUAUUUAAGAUUACAACUUCUCGAAAGAGAAGCAAAUGAUGCAUUAGUAUAUGCACUUUAUGGUUUACUCAUGAUUCUUCCUCAGAGCGAGGCAUAUGCAACAUUGCAAAGACGUUUAGCAGCAAUUCCUCCAACAAAGUCAAUAUCAAAAACUGUAACAAGUCCAAAACCUUUUAAAGAUACCUUUGACUUCCCUGAAUUGUUGAAUCAUUUCCAUACUAUACAAGAACAACAUAAAGAGCAAAAACGUAAACAACGAUUAACAAAUUUAAUAGAAAAAAAUACAAAUCACAGUGAUAUGUAGAUACAGUUAGUCUCACGACGUUCACGA